AUGGAAGAUCAGGAAAAUAUGGAGAUGAUGAUGAUGCCGAUGUAUUUUUCAAACCACUGGGGAUUUUAUCUUCUUUGGGAAAAAUGGAUGAUCAUGAGCGCGAAGCAAGAAAUUGGUGCGUGUUUUGCAUUUUUCUUCAUGGCAAUAUUUUUUGAAGGAAUCAAAGCGUUGAGAUUUUACUUCGAGCAAAAAAUCACUGAUGAUAUCUACUUCGGUUUUCGGGAAAUUGCCUUUAGCAAGUUUUACGUUCUUUCAAGUCUUCUCUACAUCCCUCAAGUAACAUUUGGCUACUACAUCAUGCUGGCAACAAUGAGCUACAACUACGGGGUCUUCUUUUCAAUCGUCUUCGGCCUGGCAACUGGCAACUUUUUAUUCUCCUGGCGAAGCGUCGGCAAGAAAAUAGAAGGCGAUGGUUGUUGCUAG